GCCAUGCCCAGUUGCCGGUGAAGACGACGACGACGUGCGCGGCAGGCGGUGUGUGACGUCGGGGCGGCGGCGGCCAUGGCGCUCCCGCACCUGCAGGCGCGCCGGUGCCUGUCGUUCCUGGCGGAGGUAUUCUUCCUGGCCGGCAUCAUCUGGCUGCUGCUGCUCACGGUGGCGUCGCUGCUGAGCUCGGGCAGCCAGAAGACCAGCGCCGCUGAGCACGCCGGCGGGCUGCUGGUCGGCCUGCUCUUCGUCCUGCCGGCCCCGCUGCUCUUCCUCAUGGACGCCGUCUGCAGGAGGACGCCCAGGGCGCCGCAGGAUUUGUCGCUGUGGCCAGCGGCUCGCCGGCGUCGGCCGGCACCCGUGCAGCGCGAUCCGAGCCCGCCGUCCAGCCCCGGGCUGGCCGAAGAAGGCCUGGCGGCGGCCUUCCCGGCGCCCGAACUCCAGUGGUGGGCCGAGCGCCCGCCCACGUACGAGGAGGCGAUACGGAUGCCCAAGUUCGAGGACCUUCACACGCCCAGGGUGCACCAGGCCCGAGUCUACUACCAGGUUCCGUGAGCGGGAUCAGCCAGACGCGCCGCCGCCUUCGCCACAUCUCCAAAUUUCUGCGGCCACCUCGAAAAGAGGCGGACAACCGCAGACCGAGUACGGUUUACCCAAAUCCACAGCCACUGCGACUGCCCGAGACCGAGACAGUUUACCGCGCUCUGCCGUUGAAAAAAGAAAGAAAGAGUACGGGAGCGAUUCCACCCAGCCGGGCGUUUAAGCCUAUAGCCGACGAGAAGUCGCGUCCUCGUUGACCUAUCCUGGAAUCCAGACGCCUCUGCCGACAAAAUAGUCACAUAAAACUUCUCAGCAUCACUUUUCCUGUUCUGCGUGACGCUGAAACGUCAUGGCGCGCAUUUAGCAAACUCUCGCGGUGAUUAAAUCGUCCAUCGCACCCACAUGCGUUUUGUUUUUCCAAGGGCGAGUCCACUUUAAUGCGGUGUACGAGUGCUAAUGCCAGCUUUAGCUUCCAUGUGACAAUACGAGAGAUAUAAUAUGGUCUUCGCAAUAAAUACGACAUUUACUUCUGU